AUGACCGAUUCUGAUUCACCAAAGGCAGACACUGCCGUCGACCUGCGUGAAGAGUAUGUCCCUGUCCCGUCUUCAUAUUCUUGCCGACUCUUACUCAUACACUCUAGUGUUGGGAAACUAUCCCCGGCCGCCGACACCACCCAGACUCAUCUUGACCCAGCCGCUGAGGCCCGACUUCGAAGGAGAAUUGACCUGCACAUCCUGCCGAUUGUCAGCAUUCUCUACUUGUUCUGCUUUAUUGACCGUUCAAACAUCGGAAACGCUCGUCUAGCCGGUUUCGAGCAAGACUUGGGGAUGAAGGGCAUCGACUACAACGCCACGCUUUCCCUGUUCUAUGUCUCUUAUAUCAUAUUCGAAAUCCCCUCCAACAUACUCUGCAAGAUAAUCGGGCCUGGCUGGUUCUUACCCAUUUUGACCAUCCUCUUUGGCGGCUGCUCAGUUGCAAAUGCUUUUGUGACAAACGUGCCGCAGGCCAUGGCUAUUCGCUUCCUUUUGGGCAUCUUCGAAGCUGGAAUGCUACCUGGCAUUGCCUAUUACCUCUCACGAUGGUAUCGAGCGUCCGAACUGGUCUUCCGAAUCGCUUGCUACAUCGUAACAGCCGCUUUGGCCGGAGCAUUUGGUGCCUUGCUUGCAUCGGCUAUCCUCACCAUGGAUAGCUUCGGAUCUCUUCGUACCUGGCGGAUGAUAUUUGGCAUCGAGGGGAUGAUCACUAUGGUUCUUGGCCUGAUCUCUCUAUUCAUCUUGACCGAUAGCCCUGCCACGGCUCGCUGGCUUACGGCAGAGGAGAAGAAGCUCGCCGAGGACCGUUUGCGAUCCGAGCGUGUUAGCCAGUCACAGGUUCUGGAUCGAAUCGACAAGAAGAAGCUCCUCAGGGGCAUUGUCAACCCGGUGACGAUGGCAACCUCUAUAGCCUUCUUUUUCAAUAACAUCACGGUCCAAGGUCUUAGCGUGUUUGCGCCAACGAUUGUACGCACGAUUUAUAGCGACCGGAGUGUGGUUCAGCAGCAGCUCUACACUGCGCCACCGUAUAUUGUUGGGGCCUUCUUCACACUUCUGGUACCAUAUUUCAGCUGGAAACUUGACAAGCGACAAAUCUUCUUGGCCCUAUGCUCGAUACCUACCGCCGUUGGUUAUAUCAUGUUCCUCGCAUCCAAGGACUUGAUGGUGAGGUACGCAGCCUUUUUCUUCGUGGCUGCCCUCAUAUUUUCCUACGCGCCUCUAUCGAAUGGCCAGGUCUCUGCCAAUGUUGUUUCUGAUACAGCUCGAUCAUCUGCGAUCGGAUGGAACGUUAUGAUAGGGAACAUUGGUGGGCUUAUUGCGAUGUGGUCGUUUCUACCCUCGGAUGGGCCUGACUAUCCGAUUGGUAACGGGAUAAACCUGGCCGGGCAGGUUGUCAUAAUGUCUGUCAUGUAUUUGACAUUGUUGUGGAUGAAGCGGGACAAUAGAGGCAGGGAUACAAGGCAAAGGGAGGCGGAGGCCGCGUUGGGCAAUGUUGAUGCUGAGGGUAUUGAGGAUCUAGACUGGAAGCACCCGCGUUUUCGGUGGAGAAUUUAG